AGCCAUAAGCCCUCAAACGUAAGUCAGUAAGAAGCCGGAACGGAUCGCAGACGGGUAAACCAAAGCAAAUUAGCAAAAGCAAUUACCAGGGUCCAGCACCGGAAAAAAGACAAAGUUUCUCGCAGACAAAAAUUAUAGGAAAAAGACCCCUUGCAACAAGAAUAAUCAGCGAAAAACUCAAAACGUCAGAAACAUGUCGCUAAUACCCUUCAUACUCGAUCUGGCCGAGGAGCUCAAUGACUUCAACCGUAGCGUAGCUAUGGACGUAGAUGAUGUGGGUUUCGGUAUGUAUCCCUUGGAGCAGCUGGCCGCUGCAUCCGCACCCACACAGCAGCAAUCACGCUUGGGAAUGCGCCUCGGUGGGGGGAAUCCAAACUCUACGUCAUCUUCGGUGAUUUGGGUGCCUGUAAAAGGGCAGUCGCAGCAGCAGCAGCAGCAGCAUCGCCAUCACCCAUAUAACCGUGUGGCUGGAGCCAAGACUGCCUGUUGUAAUAAGUCUAUUAUAGAGUUGGAAAGGGAUUUGCUAAAGGCCAGCUACAACACGGCGCCCUCGUCCUCAACAUCUGCAUUAGGGAGCAGUAAAUCUUCUCAUUCAGUAGUCAAUCGCAAUGGCUUCCAGGUGAGCAUGAACGUGAAACAAUUCGCAGCCGCCGAGCUUAGUGUUAAGACCAUUGAUAAUUGCAUUGUGGUCGAGGGCCAGCACGAUGAAAAGGAGGAUGGUCAUGGCGUUAUCUCGCGUCAUUUCAUACGCAAAUAUAUACUGCCCAAAGGCUAUGAUCCGGUCGAUGUCCAUUCUACACUAUCUUCGGAUGGAAUUUUAACUGUAAAGGCUUCGCCGCCGCCCCCACCAGUGGUUAAGGGCGGGGGUGAACGCAUUGUCGAUAUACAGCAGACAAAAUCUGUAGAGCAGGUGGUAGCUUCCACUAUUCCUGCACCAACUCCCACUCUCACUUCUACAACAGCUGCAACAGCUUCCAUUGCAGCUGCGUCCGAGCCAAAGCCGAAGAAUAUCGUCGCUCCGGUACUAGAGAGCAACGGGAACGCCAUUGAGAAAGGGUUGGAAUCUGCCAAUGCAAUGGGAAACGACGCUGCAGACGAAUUUAAGGCUGCCACUAAAGAGACUGAGGAAGCUGCAGUGGUGGAAACUACUUCCACCACAAUUUCCAAUGCCAAAAAUGGCGAUUUCGAGAAGAAACUAGAGACUGUGUCCAUGAAUAUGGAGGUUGAGGCUGCCGUGGAAGCAGUCAAGGAAGCAGUUUCGUCUGAAGACACGCCCACAUCUAACCCCAUACCCACUCUAAAACCAACCCCGAUUUCUACCCCUUCUCCAAUUACUGUUGAGCCGGAUUCCAAUGCCAACAAUGUGGAGGUCAGCUCCAACAAUGGAAACACCAAUACUAAGGAUGCCCAGGAUGCGGCGAAGGACACGGCCAAGGCAGACGAAGCUGCUUCUAAUCCAGUUCCGUCUCCAGAAACACUAGAAAAGCCUCUCCUCAAGGGGGCCGAGGAAUUAGCUGCCCAAGAUGCAGCAAUACUUCUGGCCAAGAACAAUCCGGUGGCGACUACAGCUGGCGAAAAUGGGUCGAAACCAGAGGAAUUGACCAAGUGAAGACUGAAUCGAAAACUACUACAAUUAAUAAACGUCGUGCGUUUUAUUACCCAUAAAUGAUAAAUGUUUCUUGUGUUUUUUUUUUUUUUUUUUAAAUCGUAUAUAAUAAUAAAAGAAGCAGCUAAGAGAAUACUA